AUGUCCAGCGUGUCCGUGGGAUCAUACAUUUCGUCUCCCAGCAGUGGAUGGCAGGCGAUCUCUGACACAGCAUCCACAUUUAUCGGUGGACCGAAGGCCAUAGUCGACAACAUCGCGAGCCAGGUUGGAGCAAAAUGGAUUGAAGCCCUCGGUUCCUAUUUCAUUGAUUGCACCGGUGAUCAUCCUGAUAUCGAGUUCGGGAUUAACGGCAACACCUACAGUAUUUCGGCCAACAAAUUACAGAAUCUCGGCCGGCAUCGGACUUUGCAUGUUCGCUUUCUUCCCAUCAACAGGUGGUGGAUUCUAUCCAUCUUGGAUGCUUGGACCACCUCUGAUCAGAGAAUACUGCCAAAUCCAUGA